UCAUCAUCAUCAUCCGGAGCUCUCAGGCGGUUCGGGCAGAUGCGUUCGGCCGCUCCGGUUCGAGUCCACGGGCGACGCAUGCAGCGCCGCUCCCAUCGCGCUUGUAGUUUUCCCGCAUUAUUUCCAGGUCAGAGGCGUCAGCAGCGCGGCGUUUCCUGUGUGCGGCGCGUCUGGACUAAAGAUGGCCGGAGAUGGAGGCGCUCUGAAGGAUAUCAACGAGAUUAAAUCACAGUUCCGGACGCGGGAGGGAUUCUACAAGCUGCUCACACUCUCCGACUCGCAGCAGCGGGCCGGGCUGCUGCGGGGGCCCUCGGCGGGCGUCACGGUGGGUCCCGGUACGGGCACGGGCUCCAUCACGGGCGGCGGUGCUGCUGUUGGGCUGGUGCAGGGGCCCGGGUCCGCCACCGCCGCCGCGGCCAACUCCUCUCCGGGCUUCCUGCCGCCAGUUCGGGUGUCGAUGGUGAAGCUGAAGCCGGAGGACCCGAGCGAGGAAUCGGAGCGAGUGUGUUUCAACAUCGGCAGGGAACUUUACUUCUACACCUAUACGAACAUUAAAAAGGCAGUGGAUCUCAGUAAGCCUAUAGACAAGCGCAUAUAUAAGGGCACACAGCCGAUGUGUCACGACUUUAAUCAGUAUUCGGCGACAGCUGACAGCGUGGCUCUCAUUGUGGGCUUCUCUGCUGGACAGGUGCAGUAUCUGGACCCUAUCAAGAAAGAGACCAGCAAGCUCUUCAAUGAGGAGAGGCUGAUUGACAAAUCAAAAGUGACGUGUCUAAAGUGGCUGCCAAAGUCAGAGAACCUGUUUCUGGCAUCCCACGCCAGCGGUCACCUCUACCUCUAUAACGUGGAGCACCCGUGUGGCACCACCGCACCGCAGUACUGUCUGCUACGCCAGGGCGAGGGAUUCGCCGUCUACUCCUGCAAGACGAAGACCCCUCGUAACCCGUUACUCCGCUGGGUGGUGGGCGAGGGUGGGCUGAACGAGUUCGCCUUCUCGCCCGAUGGUGUCCAUGUCGCUUGUGUCGGCCAGGACGGCUGUCUCCGUGUCUUCCACUUCGAUUCGAUGGAGUUGCAGGGCGUGAUGAAGAGUUACUUUGGCGGCCUGCUGUGCGUCUCGUGGAGCCCCGACGGGAAGUAUCUUGCGACAGGUGGAGAGGACGACCUGGUCACGGUGUGGUCAUUUGCUGAGAGUCGCGUGGUAGCUCGCGGUCACGGUCACAAGUCUUGGGUCAACGUUGUGGCGUUCGAUCCCUUCACUACCAACUUAGAAGAUGACGAACCGAUGGAGGUCAGCGGCAGUGAAGAGGAUCUCCAGCAGGGGGCACUGCAUUUUGGUCGUGUACGCACCAGCAGCACGCUCUCACGCCUCUCGCGACACAGUUCUAAAGGUGGCGCGUCUUCGGUGUCAUAUCGUUUCGGAUCGGUUGGGCAGGACACACAGUUCUGUUUGUGGGAUCUAACAGACGAUAUUCUGUAUCCUCGCCUACCGCUCUCACGUGCCCUCACAAACACAUUUGGCCCCACAAUCCCAUCAUCUGGUAGCGCAACUAUAAACAACACAAGUGGAAGUAGCGGGGUUGAAGGUCACCAUCACCCCUCCAACCCCCACCAGACGUCAACGCUGCCUCUUCCAUUGCCUCGUUCACUAUCCCGUUCCAAUUCACUCCCACACCCCGCUGUCGCCAACACUUCCAAGAGCCAGGUGGCGACAGAGAGCGGAGUAACGGGAGGCAGCAGUAGCGGAGGCGCUAGCACUCCGUUUAGCAUCGGUCGCUUUGCAACGCUGUCGCUACAAGAGCGCAAAUCGGACAAAUCAGGGGUGGGCGGGGAAAAGGAGCACAAGCGUUACCACAGCCUUGGAAACAUUAGCAAAAGCAACGAUAAGAUCAAUGUCCCACCACGCAGUAACCGACUGGACGGUGCUAAAGUUCUGGGCACCACGUUGUGCCCGCGCAUGAAUGAAGUACCGCUUCUGGAGCCGUUGGUGUGUAAGAAAAUCGCUCAUGAGCGUCUUACCGUACUUGUCUUCAUGAACGAUUGCAUCAUCACGGCGUGUCAAGAAGGCCUCAUCUGUACUUGGGCACGACCGGGCAAAGCGCACCCGUCUCAACCACUGUCGGCACAGAACGGAAACUCACCGAGCGGGACCGUGGUAUAGCCGGAGUGCCGACAUCAUUCUGAAGAGCUGACUUCCAAUUUCUGCAAUCCAGAGCCAACCAUUCACAGUGUUGCACCCAAAAGUGUCCGCCGUUUACGCUGUCUAGUUUAGUUGCACAUUAGCAUCGUGUAGUCAUCAACACACACCGUGAACACGCAAGAACUACGAUACACAACAAAGACUUUCUCUACAUUAAUCUCUGCUUUGCUGCGGACAGACUGCAAACAAUCGAGACUUUUGUUUGUAGAAUCUCCACUAGCCUCGCAUCGCAGCGAAUUACCCUGCAAAAGCCACGGCCGUUGUAUUUUCUAUUUAUUUAUUUGAUCAUUGCGAUUUAUAUACAGUAUGUACAUAUUCAGACUACUCUAUAAGGGCAGAGGACAACAUGUAUUGAAAAAAUUAACUCAAAUAAUUAAUAUAUGAAGAUCCUAUUUUGUACAUAGUGACAGAUGCAUUGAAUGUUUGAUGAGAUUAGGGGAUUAAUGAUUUAAUGUUAUUGUGUGCUAGUGCUUUGAAAGCUGUCAACGUGAGAUGUUAGUUGAGAAAGUGCACCAUUUGCUUUGCCGUUUGGCCGAAGAGAGUCAAGCACACUUGUCAGAACACUAGAAUAUUGUGUGGAGUUUUCCACCUCAUAGCAUACAAUUGCUACGGAUAUUUAUGUGUAGGUUAAUGUGUUCCUGAAAAGGUUUAAUAAGGUCUGAACGAUUUCACAUAUUUACUAAGUUUUUGCCAAGUAAACAAUGUCGCCGCUGAAUGGAAACUGAAGUUUAUCGCCAUUUUCACUUGACUGUUUCGAGUUAGCUGAAUCUUGAAAUUUGCCUAGUUGAAUGCAGCUCAGACUUAAUCGAAAUGAGAUUGUUCUUUGUAGUUAAGCAACACAUUUACACUAUUGUAGCGUGGAGUAUGUAGGUGCUAUAUCCUACACCUGCAAUGACUCUUGCAAUAUUUUUGCACAUUUACAAGUUGAUUUUAACACAUUGGAGGAGAGUUGGUAUCACUGAGCUAGCCAGCUAAUGAUAGGUUUCAAUAUAUAUAUAUAUAUAUAUAUACAUAUAUACUGUAUAUCAGUGUAUUUUGUAAUGCAGACUUCUUGAAAGGAUAGUGUCAUAUAAUUACUAAUUACAUUUGACACCCUAUAAGAUAUUUACCAUUCAAGCACUAAGCAGAUUAAGUGCUAGGAACAAGUGAGCAAACCAGCUUUGGCAUCUUUUUCACAAUAAACCCACUAUGACCAAGUGCAUUUCUAUGCUCAAUACUGCUCCUGUAAAUACAUGUUUUAAAAUGUGUAUAUCACACACACUGUCCAUUAGAGCUAUAGGUGUCUUUGAAAUCAGAUAGAUUUUGGAAAUGUUUUGAGGAGCAUCAGUUUCUUAUUAAAUUAUAAAUAAUAAAUGCCUUUACAAACAUCGAGAGUUCUGGCAAACUUGCGGCAAACUCUUCAUUGUCGCCAAAGGUUUGCUGGAGGUUCUGAAGAGCUGCGAACUUCUGGCAACAUUUGUGGCGAAUCAGAAUCUCAUUUGCAUGAGUGGGAAAUUUAGUUUGUUAGAACACUAGAUUUUUUGUAAGGAUGGCCUUUUACUAAAAUGCACUGGUUUGGAUUUACGACUGCAUGUGCACCUGUAUCUCUAAUGCUAGCAAAAGUUUGCUUGAUCAGUUUGGCUACAUUAGUGGUCCAUGAAUGGAAAUGUUUCACCAAGAGGCUGAAUUCUGAGCUUUUGCUCUGAUUUUCUCCCAUUUUCUCCCCAAUUUGGAAUGCCCAAUUCCCAAUGCGCUCUAAGUCCUCGUGGUGGUGUAGUGACUCGCCUCAAUCCGGGUGGCGGAGGACGAAUCUCAGUUGCCUCCGCGUCUGAGACCAUCAAUCCACGCAUCUUAUCACGUGGCUUGUUGAGCGCAUUACCACGGAGACGUAGCGUGUGUGGAGGCUUCACGCUAUUCUUCGCGGCAUCCUCGCACAACUCACCACACGCCCCACCGAGAGCGAGAACCACAUUAUAGUGACCACGAGGAGGUUACCCCAUGUGACUCUACCCUCCCUAGCAACCGGGCCAAUUUGGUUGCUUAGGAGACCUGGCUGGAGUCAUUCAGCACACCCAGGAUUCGAACUCGCGACUCCAGGUGUGAUAGUCAGUGUCAAUACCCGCUGAUAUACCCCCAUUUGCUGUUUUAGAACAUGUGAACCUACUGAACUCCAAUGUGUUUUGUGCACAUACAUGUGAUCAUUCCAACCAGAACACGGUGAACAAUGAGUAUUAGCCCUUACAGUAUAUACUUGUUUUCAUUUUUUAAAAUGUCUUCUGUAUUUUUAAAGUGUAUAUUUUUUUGCACAUUUUUAUUUCAGACAUUUUGACUUCUGUUUUGUAUGGCAUUGUAACUUGUCUUUCUUGUUAACUGGAGAAAUGAACCAACCUUGCCAACUGCUUACCCUCUGUUUGAUCUCUCUUGUUUUCUUAAUUCUCUUUCCUGUUUGUUUGGAAAAGAAUCCAGUGUUGAAGGUUCAUUAGUCUCUUAAGUACUGUGUAAAAGCUAACCGUUGACUGCUGGAAAACAAAAUAACACUGUUACAAAUGGAGCUCUUUAAGGAUCCACAUUUGACUACACUGAAACUGAAACUUCCUGCAUUGCUGUAAGAGCGUCCUGCCUCGUGAACGUAUGAAAAUGGAUGAUGUUUGGUGUAAGGUGGGAGAAACUCAUUCCUCCAUACUGCUUUUCUUUUAACUCGUUUUUUCACUGCAUGUGUUUUUAUUUGGCACACAGUUAUAUGCCUGAGUCUGGUGACGUGGCGAACAAUAUCCAGUUUGUAUUUGGGAAUCUCUUAUUAAAACAUCAAAUACUCAUGCAUUGUAUUGUUAUUUGGUAUUAACAUAAUUACUUUCUAACACCAGAUGCUUUUAUUUAUUUUUACUAAUUUAAAAAUUAAAUGUGUCUGAUCUAGAAGGUUUCUACGCUACCCUUAUUAAUUAUUAAUAGUAUGAAUUCUUGCAAAAACCCUAAAGUUAAAUGUUACCAAACAAUACGCAAUGGUGUGGGAAAGAAGUGUUAUUGCUCCUGGGACAUGCAAAUUAAUUAAUUUAAUUUACUGUCAUCAUUC